AUGAGCAAGAGGUGGAUAUGCGGGGGCAACGGUGGAGAACUCGGAAGAGCUCUGCGGGUCGCGCGCGGCACUGCCAUGGCGGAGGAGGCGCGACGGUCGAUCUCCUCACGCCCGACGGCGCAGUCGCUCUCUUUCUCCUCCCCCCCUCGUCUCUGGCGUCCAGGAAGGCUGUUGGCGACUCUCAGCUCAUCAGCUCUUCCAUUCGCCAUGCAAGACUCGCCCCCAUUCAAUCCAGCCGCGUCGGCACGGCGCACGAACCGCGACCGCGACCCUGCGCAGCCAACCGACCUCGCAGAUAGAAUCGUCGCUUUACAGCGCAGGCAGGCCGCUGUUACAAAACCUCGAGAGCGUGCGGAACGCCCUCCGCUGCCCUCUUCUUCCACACUACGUCCCCGCCCCCCUUCCCCACGCCGCCUGCACGCUCCUCUGCAUCCAAAUCCCAGUAUCAUUGUCUCGCAGAGCUCCUCCUCUGCUAUGGAGGCUGAUGCCGACGACUUUUCUCGCCGCCUGAAGAUCUCGGCUUCUUCCCCUCGGACCUCCCACGCCAAACCCCAUGCUGGCCCCUCUGGAAGCCCAGGCAAGCUGUACAACCCGAACGCAGACUACUCUCGCCGUCCUAUCCUUACCGCAGAACCGGACACUAUCUCAGACGCUGCGUCCAGCUCAUAUGCGCCCCGCGGACCUGCGCCGCAUGGGCCCCGCGCCCACCAGCCGCCCGCUCAGUCCCGAGCGGCUCCUGAUGCACACCGACAGCUUUUUGACCAUCGGAAAGAUGACCCCGUCAAGUUUUCGGUCCUCACUCGCCCCCAGGCAUCUUCCAACGUCGGGGGGAGCCCGUCCUCAGGCCGGCCGACGCCGACACCGAAGUCUUCGGGAGACUAUGUCUCCGCCUCCUCGACCUCGUCUGCGUCCUACGCUCAUUCAACGAUCUCGUCGAAUUUCACACUCUCGUCUGCCACGACCGACUCCUCAGCACCGUCAUCCCUAUUCGAUAACGCCGGCCAUGCGCGAAGAUCAGAAGACAGCGCGUCGAGCACGAACGCCUUCUCGAUGCAGCUGAAGAAGCUGUACCGUGCUAUCAGUGCGCUCGAGGCAAAGAUCUUAGGUGAGGAUCGAGAUAAGGACCGAGAAGAUGAUGGGGAGCGGGAUGUGCAGAGGGUGGGCGUGCUUCUCAAGGGGCGACCGGGCCCAGGGGGCACGGAGACGAAAGUGGGGGAAGACGAGUCGGAGCGGUGGAGGAGGCUUAUGAUCGACCACAAGGAGCUCGCAGAGAAAAUGCAUCAAAUGCUUACUCUGACUCUUGCGCCCGCGGUCCCUGCGUCUCUACGAAACAUUCCUACAAAAUACAAUCUCAUCAUUCGUCUGUGGACGCACGCCUUCCAUCGUCUCCUUGAGUCCCUUCGCCGAGCAGCUACACCGCCGAACAACUCGCCAAUCGCGCUCGAGUAUCUGCAGGAUUUUAUUUAUUAUUCAUACGCAUUCUACUCCGGUCUCUUGGAGGAGCGCAAUUUGUUUGAUUUCCGGAGCACAUGGGUCGAGGCACUCGGGGACCUUGCACGGUAUCGUAUGGCAACAUGCGCUCUCCUUGACAAUAUGCAGGCCGCCUCAAGUAGCAUCACCCCGUCGGGCGCCGCACCCCUAUUGAACGCGCACCUCAGCGCUCCACAGCCCGUCGACCCCGAGAUGGACGACAGCUCCGACAAGCCGGCGAUCCCGGCGGGCAAGCCAGUGUCCCCGACACCUGCUGCCCGGAUCGACGACUCGCCGCCGUCGUCGCCCGAUAUGCGGCAGCAACAGCAGGACGUCCCUAGCGUCGGACUCGCAGCCGCGCGUAUGAUGGAGCUUGAGCCGGAGAAGGAGCGAUGGCGACAGAUCGCGCGGGAUUGGUUCGCGCGCGGUCUAUCGCUCACGCCGGGUACGGGCAAGCUACAUCAUCAUUUGGGGCUGCUGAGCCGCGAGGAGGACGCGAGCGAUGAGGAACUUCGCGCCCUGUAUCACUUCGUGAAGAGCAUGAUCGCACUGCACCCGUUUUCGAAAGCACGUGAGUCAAUCCUGCAGCUGUGGUCGCCCGCCGCCCAGGCGCGCCGACAGCUGCCGGAGGCCGGGCUCACGGAGCUAUUCGUCGCGCUGCAUGGCAUGCUAUUCACGAAUAUCCAACUCGACGACUUCAGGCGCGUGCUGGAGCGCUUCGAGGAAAAACUGUACAUUGAAGAGAGUGCCGCCGUGCAGGAGCGUGAUUGGAUCAUGAUGGCCAUCGUCAAUCUAGGCGCUGUGCUGGAGUACGGCCGACCGAACGCUGCCAUGCGCCGGGUCUCUGGCCUGGCUACUCGCGACGCACAUCAAACAAAGCCGGGUGUCAGCCCCAUGGUUGCGAAUGCGGUUGCCGGCAAGGUCAAGUUGAUGGCCAAGCGUGCUGAGGAGGACGAGAAGAGUAUGGACGUCGACGACGAGGAUGAUACCACAGAGCCAAAGCCGUCUCCGAUGCGGACUUCUCCCAUCAUGCCUGAACCACCAUCUUCGCCUGAGCUGCCGCAAUCGCUCAAGAUGGGUCUCCUGCUCUCCUUCUCGAUGUUCGCGCAUGUUCUUGAGAAGCCGAUGCGGAAACCGUCUCCAUUCGCUCACUCGACGUUGAACCCCUACAUCACCAUCUUCCUGACGUUCCUUGCGACCACCGUCAAGGAUAGCCAGACGCUCGCUGCCCUCGAGCGUGUGAUCCCGUGGACCGCGCUCGUAAAAUUCCUCAACAGUGCCCCGCGGCGCCUGAUAUUCCGCGAGUACCACAAGGAGCGCGGAGAUGCACCACCGCUGCUGACAAGUGGGUGCAACCCCAUGCCAGAGGAUUGGUGUCUGCGUGGGAUGGGAUGGGGCGGCAAGCGAGUAUACCCCAUGGGUUUCUGGAGCAAGGAGGCCGACUCGGGCGAGCGGAACAUCGAGAUGGAGGUGCUCGACAAGGUCGAGGCUGGCGACCAGAGGGACGGCAUCAUCGAGAAGGAUGAUGACGACUCCCGGGCCGACUCGCGGGACAGUGAGCUGAUGAAGCGAUGGGUGCGGAUUGCUCGUGCAGGUCUCAAGAUUGCGAAGUACGUCAACGGCUUCGAGUAUAUCCCUCCAGCACGCGAAGAGGAGCGGGGUCAGUGGCGCAUUGGUGGUGCGUUGGCUGCGAAGGUCACGCGGUGGCAGGAUGACGACCGGCGCGAGCGUGAAGAGGAAGAGCGCCGGCUCAGGGGUCGGAGGUGGGACGACGACUCGAUGGAUGUCGAUGACGAUGAGGGCCUCGCUGCCGACGCGUCUUCGGACGAUACCGAGGACGACGAGUAUGAUUCAGCGGAGGUCAAGGCGCUCAAGGCGCGACGGAGGUAUCUCAAGAGCCUACAGACAACUUCGCGCGGAGCGGCGCCGUCCGUAGGGCGCCGCCAGCGUCCUCGACAGUCGAACUUUGGCAGAUCAUCGCGGCCGAAACAAUCCAUUCGCGCCGUCCCCGGCUUUACUGUCCUCGUCUUCGAUACCAACAUCCUGCUGUCUUCCUUACCGGCUUUCUCCUCGUUGGUCGAGUCGCUCCAAUGGACCGUCGUCGUCCCGCUCCCGGUAAUCAUGGAGCUUGACGGCCUGACGCAAAACCAGCAUACCGAGUUGGGAUCUGCUGCUGGGUCGGCCCUCCAGUAUAUCACCACCCACUUCCGCUCGCAUGGCAAGUCGCUCAAGGUACAGACUUCGAAAGGCAAUUACUUGAAUUCCCUUACGGUCCGCACCGAGCAAGUUGACUUCACGGACGAAGCGUCGUGGGAGCGCAAUAUGGACGAUUUGAUCCUCCGUGCUACCAUCUGGCAAGAUGAGCACUGGAUUGAUCGAUCGAACAUGCUGCAGCCAGGUGACGGCCCCCGCGACACCACCGGGGCAGCAAAGGUGGUCUUGCUCACGUUUGACCGCAUGUUGCGCCUCAAAGCGCGGUCACGACAGUUGAGCGCUGCCAAUGAACAGGACCUAGCAACAAUCCUCAGCACGAGCAGAUAAUGCAUAUUUUCCGCUGUGUGUUGACGUACCACACAGCGGCGCGUAGUUGUUGCCUCAAUGGGGUGCAUAUGAGGUCGAUACCUCGCCCCGCCUUAUUGUCCAUCGCCAUCACCGUGCGGCGCUGAUCGCCCUGCCUCCUGCCAUUUCGAACAGUCGCUUGUGGCACCCGGGGACAUCAUGGAAGCGGCUGGCAUCUCAUGUCGGCCUCGUUAGGAAGACGUGCUCAUGAACGUUUUGGCUUACGGGAUGGGUACACUAUUCACUUCAAUUAGUAUUUAUUUGUGUUCAUUUCGGGCUCAGUAUUGUACAAUGUCUUUCGUUGAUGCACCUGCUCUCACUCAUUCAAUAUCGUAUUCUGUUGUAGCACAUGUACUCACCGCUCGCAUACCAUCAUAAAUUUGCAUUCAUGAAUCUCAAUUGAAUAUUGACAUUCAGCAUU